CGAUCCCGGAGCGAAAGUAACGGACGUCCUAAAAAUCCCCUUUUCUAGUCGGAAGAAAUCUUGUGGUGUAGAGUACAAACGGUGGCGAAUCAACUUAUUAGUCAGACUCUCAGGGACCACGCAUCAAAACGGGGAUGCUUUACCGUCCAGGCACGGUAUCAGCAUUAGUGGGGCAACUUCCCGAACCGCAGGACUCGCUUUCGACGACGACAAUACAAUUGUUUGACCUCUCAGGGCCCGCUUGAAAUACAGUGCUCCGACCAUCCGUAUCGCUCACGCGAGGAUUUGUUGUCAUAAGCAGCCUCUGCUAAGCCUGCAAUGGAGCGACCGCGCACUCCGCCAACGGAAACAUCAUCGACAUCGAGACGCCCGCCAACCCCUCCAACACCGGAAGUGACCCGUCGCAUAGAAGAAGCUCGCCUACGUGCAAAAGCUAUCCGCGACCAACGUGAAGCCGAGCAACGAUCCGCCGCCAUCUCCACCGCACAGCCGCGAGCCAGCUCCAGGCUUGUCGCAACGGAAAAUGCCGGUCCUGCCGGCCAAAAACGGCCUUACGCAUCAAUAUCCCGAACCGAGGUGCCCACGACGAACCGUGAUGCUCGCACAGCGCCAUCAUCAAAGGAUACCAACGGGGGCGGCGGCGCGGGCGGCGAUUUGCUGCCCGUCUCGCGCAAGUUCUCCAAGUAUGUUGACUACAACUUCAGCGCCAUGACCGACACCAAGGGCGGUUUUCUCAGCACCGAGGACGAUCCAUGGAACAAGAGCAUGUCUACGGGCAGCACAGCUCGCCCAGGCGGUGGUGGCGGCGGCGCGCCCGAGGGCGAGCAAAAACCGGCGCACAUGACGGCCGCCGAGUGGGAACGUCUGCAGCUAAUCCGCAACCUGCAACGCAACAAGGCCGGCCCGUACGAGCCGGGCCUGAGCAUCCUCACCGACGAGAAGACAAGGAAACGAUGUCGAGAGUGCAACAGCUUGGAGAUUGACUUUGUGUGGGAGGAGGUCUUUGGCUGUGCCGUCUGCAACGCCUGCAAGGAGAAAUAUCCGGAAAAGUACAGCUUGCUCACAAAAACGGAGUGCAAGGACGACUACCUGCUGACAGACCCCGAGCUCAAGGACCCAGAACUGCUCCCACAUCUGAACAAACCCAAUCCGCACAAGUCGCACUGGCACGACAUGAUGCUUUUCUUACGAUACCAGGUUGAGGAGUACGCUUUUAACCACAAAUGGGGCUCCGCCGAGGCAUUAGAUGCCGAGUUUGAGAGGCGCGAGGCCGACAAGAAGAGGCGGAAGGAGGCCAAGUUCAAGGAGAAGCUGCUAGACCUCAAGCGCAAGACCAGGACAGACGCGUUCAGAAGGAACAAUGCGAAGGCCGGAGGCGGAAUUGUGGGAGGAGGUGGAGCAGGCAAGCCCGCCAAGUUUGGAGAUGCCAUCGGCGGCGGCGGGAAACAUGUCCACGACUGGGGCCGGACUGUGGAGAACGAGGAGGGCAUGACGGUCAAGACAUGCUUAAGUUGUGGCAUGGAGGUUGAGGAGCUCGAGUUGUGAAUAAGCUUGCUGCUAGAUCAUCGAGUGCAUUCCAGGCUAGAGAAGCCAACCGCCUUCCUGAUGGCCCUUCGGAAUGU